ACGCCAAAACCCCAAAAGCCUCUCCCCAUCCCCUCGCCGGCGGCCCGCCACCGCCGCCCCCACUCGCACGAGACGCGUCUCUAUCGGCCCCUCCCCCAUCCCGCGACACCGCUCCGCACGGCGGCGACGGAGACGCCGCCACGCGCCGCCCGCCCGACCCCGAGUCCCGAAGUCCAGGCCCCAUCCGCGCCGUCCUCCGCUCCUCCAGGACUCUAGCAGUGCACGAGCGCGGGGCCACCGCCGCCCGCCUCCCCGACCCCGACGUGUCGCCGUUCGCGCUGGCCGCCUGGCCCCCGACCGGCGCCUCCCCCCGCGUUGCCGUCCAAUUCCAGAAGUCCAGCGCCUUAGGCUCCGCUCUGCAUCACUGGUGACUGAUUUGUUUAGCUUGGCCUGAAAUUGGUGUGGAUGUGAUUCAGUAUUUGAAUUUGUUGAUCUAAGGCAUACCCUAGGUUCAAACCCUAGGUCCUGCCAGUGGCAGCGGCAUGGCGAAGGGCAGCAAGUCAGCGGCGGCCGCUGAUGAGUCAGCGGUGAUCUCAACCUCUGCUCCCACACGGCCGAGGGCAAUGCAGCGGGUUGAGAUCGAGGGCUACUCCGUGGAGGGCAUCUCGAUCGCUGGGCAUGAGACAUGCGUCAUGUUCCCCUCCCUCAACCUCGCUUUCGACAUUGGCCGCUGUCCGCCGUUCGCCGUCUCGCAGGACCUCCUCUUCAUCUCCCAUGCGCACAUGGACCACAUUGGGGGCCUCCCCCUGUACGUCGCCACGCGGGGUCGCAGGAGGAUGCGCCCGCCCACCGUCUUCAUCCCCGCAUGCCUUGCGGACCUCGUGCGGAAGCUCUUCGAGGUCCACCGAGCCAUGGACCAGUCUGACCUCGACCACAAGCUCGUGCCGCUCGAGGUAGGGGAGGAGUACGAGCUCGGCAAGGACCUCAGGGUCAGGCCGUUCAAGACCUACCAUGUCGUGCCCAGCCAGGGGUAUGUGAUAUACAGGCUGAAGCACAAGCUUAAGGACGAGUAUGCUGGCCUUCCAGGGAAAGAACUCGGUACUCUCAGAAAGUCAGGAGUUGAGAUUACGAAUACAGUGUCGACACCUGAGAUUGCUUUCACGGGAGAUACAAUGUCGGAUUUCAUCCUUGAUCCUGAUAAUGCAGAUGUGUUGAAGGCGAAAAUUCUAGUGGUUGAGAGUACUUAUAUUGAUGACUCCAAAUCAAUUGAGGAUGCAAGAGAAAAGGGGCACACUCACUUGUCUGAGAUAGCGAGUCUGUCUGACAAGCUUGAAAACAAAGCUAUUUUACUAAAUCACUUUUCAAAUCGGUAUACUGCAGAGGACAUUGAUGUAGCAAUCAACAGAUUGCCACCACCUUUCCGAAGCAGAGUUUAUGCAUUGAAGGAAGGCUUCUAGAGAAAAACAUGAUCCAAGAGUUCGGAGAUGAAGACUUUUGGAUUGGAUCUUUUGGGUAUUUUGGCUAGGAACCCCCUUUUUUGGUCUUGUGCUCUCUGAUGUCGCUGUACCGGCAAUGAGGAUUUUUGUUUUGUCGGUACUCAAGGCCAUGGGAUUUUAGACAAUGAAAUUGAAGAAAUGUGAAGUAAGCUGAAGUAGCUCCCUUUAA